AGUCUGAUGUAUUAUUCACAGAUGUAGUCAGUCAUUUUUUUCUACAUCCAAAAUGGAACGUAUCUGCAGGCUUUAUUUUAUUUUAUUGUUUUUAGAAAGUCACAAUUCUAAUGAAAAUCUCAGCAUUUGCACAUCUGUGCAUGACUGUAUGACAGUAUGAGUGUGUUUGCAAGAAACAUACAUGUAUGAUCACAUGAUGCUGAUUCAAUUAUGUUUAGUAAUAUGAUUGUACAGAAAUCAUGAUUUUUAAAACCUUUUGUACAGAUGGUUGUUAUUUUAACUGGAAUAUACUUUAGGUAGAAUAUACUUUAGAUGCAUUAAAACACUGUCAUUACAGAGAUCUGUUCAUUUUAUGCUGUACAAAAAGACAUAUCGCUCAAAUCAGUAAACCAAUGCAAAAUAUUUAAGUACCAUUAUGCACAACUUCAAGGAUAUGAGAAAAAUAUGAGAAGGUGUGGCUUGGAGUCUGAUAAGUGAGCCAAAUGGAUAAUGUUUGUUUUGAGAAACAGAAAGUAAAAAGGAAUGGGCUGGAUGGUUGAUCAGUAUCUUGGUCAGAAAACGGCUGUGUUGGGAAUAUCCAACAACAUUAUUGUGCUAUUUCUUAAUUUGCAUGCUGAAUGAGGGAAACACAACGAAAGCAAAAUGUGUGGAGUCAAAUGCAUCACUUUUGCACUGUGGAUUAAUAUUCUCAAUGUAAUGACAGCAGAUAACAAGUUCAAGCUGGAAAUAACUCCAAAACAUCGAGUGAUUCAUGUUGGUGAGGAUUUGGAGCUGACCUGUCGAGUGAAUAAUUGUCCGGUUAAUGUGACCUUUGUGUGGAAAGCAGCAAUGGAUAAAUUUACCGGUGGAGAUAGUAAAAAUAACCAGACUGUUUCCCGCCUGCUGAUCAAGAACUACUCUGUUAAACAUAGUGAUGCAAUUUUGUGCAAAGCUACUUGUCAGGGAAAGCAACAAGAGAAAGCGUCAAUGAUAAGCGUGUUCUCAUUUCCACAAGAUCCUGUACUGCCCAAAAUAAAAAGUCUCAUAGCAAACCAAGAACAGCAGCUCAUCUGCACAGUCCUCGACAUUUACCCUUUGGACAAGCUUCAAAUUAAGUGGCUUCGUGGAGAUAAGACCCUCCAUAUGGACGAACCUGAUGAAUCUAUUUCAGACCAUGUUCAGAAUUAUUCCUCUGUGUUCAAUUACACACCUUCUGUCGAUGAUCUGGGCAAGAAUAUUAGCUGCAAGGCAACCCUGAAACUCAAUGGUCAGAUAAGAACAACAACUGCUGAAUAUGGCCCAGGGACUAUAACGAUUUCCAGUAAUAAUACCUCAGUAAUGCUUGGAAAACAUUUGGAGAUAACAUGUCAUGCAGACGGAAACCCCAAACCAACUAUCUUGUGGUGGAAACUAGGGGAGAGUGAGCCUGAACUCCACAGCAAGAACCACACGCUCAUAAUAAACAAUGCUUCCUGGUCUCAGGCAGGUUGGUACCGGUGUGACGCAAAGAAUGAUGUGGGAAGCCAGCAAAUACGCAUAAAAGUCACUGUCUUAGGUCCUCCAAACGUCCCCAAAAUCCAGUUAAGUCAUACAGAAGAGCCCAAAGAAGGAGACAACAUAAGCAUAUUCUGUUCUUCAGAGGGCGGGCCAGCACAACUCAAACUGUACAGACAGUCCCAGAGCACUGUGACAGGAGGGGCAAACAAAUCAACUGUGCUUUUAAACAUCUCAUCAAUCCAAAUAACAGAUGCAGGGAUUUACAUCUGUGAAGCAAAAAAUGACUUUGGCACUGAGAGAAGCACAAUCAACAUUACAGUCAAAGCAAAACAUCGCAUCUCAACAACACCUGACCUGUCUGUCGCCAUAGGGCUGGCUGUAGGGUCAGUGUUGCUGUUGACCGCUGCUGGACUGCUGAUCCAACACUGCAGAAAGAAAGACAGGAGCGACUCCAGUAACAUCACACUCAGCUAAACAGAUGAAGAGCACAUUAACAAAAUGAAGUGUUUUUCUGCUAAAAGGAAAACGCACCUAGACAUUGGCUGCGUUUUCUGCAUUGAUUUAGUAAUUUUGUGACUAACAGUAUUAUUUUCUUAUAAGAUUAUUCUUAAUUAGUUUCAAAUAAUUAAGAAAGAAGCCUCUUAUGCACAAAGGCUAAAAACUGCAAUAAUGAGAAACAUUUUCAGAAUUUAAGGAAAGUGGGGUUUGAAUUUAAAAUGUAUACACCAGAAUUACCUACUGUAGCCAAAGCACAAUAAACACAUUUAGCCUCUUCCAUGGCCCAUAUUUACAAAAUAUAGACUUCUGGGAAUCCAUACUCUGGUCUCAAGAGACCAAGUCAAUCAUUUCGGAUCCAAAAGCAUCCAGAAUGUUCUGGUGUUGCUAGAGGAGAAGUACAGUGAGAAGUGCCUGGUUCCCAUAGUGACGUUCAGUGGUAGUAAAACUCUUAUAUUGGGGUGUAUGAGUGCAAUGCCGUCAUCAAUUCACACACCACUGUGUGAUGUAAUACAAAAACUUGAAACUGAAGAUGCUACCCUCUUCUCAUACCCUGUGUUGUUGGCCAUUUUUUCAACAUGACAAUGAUGAUAUGCAUUCUUCCGACAUGAAAAUCCUUCAGUAGACAAGUAUUUCACCCAAUCUUAACACUUUUGAGCAGCUGUGGGGGAUUUUGUAGAGACAUACUGAGACAAACUCCCUAUUAAAGACCAGGGGAUUUAAGCAAGUCGUCCUCCAGGAGUUAAACAGAUAUUUAGUAUUUACUAUUAAGUAUAUUAUAUAAUAGUAGUGAUUUUAGUUACAUUGUUCCGCCAUUAGAUGGUGACAAGAGAAUGUUUUUAUGAUUCAGCAGUAAUGACUUUUACUUUGAAAAGUAAACACUAUAAACGGAAUCUAUUUUUAGUUUCAACAACAGCUUGACGUAGCUAACAAAUGCACUGAGCAGCAAAAUCACCCUUAACAAAUAAAGGGAUAUUAUCAUUACGACAAAGAUAACGCUUUUCUCAUAUAUAUUCAAACUAAUGUUUGUUGUGAAUAUGAGACCUAUCUGAAGAAUAAAUGCUGUAUCAGAUGCAGAUAAUCACACUCACCUAGUCCAUCUCUCUCAUUAUACUCUACAUAAUACAGUGAGGUUUUAAUGUAGUAAUACAAUAAGCUUUCAAUGAAGCAACUAUUAGUACAAUUAGUAACGGAGGCUUGGGCACAGCUGUUCAAAGGUAAACUUUAGAUUUUAAUCCGUGGUGGAAUAAAGUAGUUCUGCACAAAAGAGGACUUUUAAAGACACUCCAUUGUUAUUUUGUUUAUAUAUUUACACAAUCGUGCCGUUGAACUGUUGUAUAAAUGCAUGGCUGUAUAUCAGCACGCUGCGAUUACCUACAGCACUCGGCCUGCGGCCUGGUGCUUAUCGCUGAAUCACAGCUGUGACGAUAUACAACCAUAUCUCAUGUCUACUCAUGUGAUAUUGCUUACACACUGUGCUAAUUUCUUUUAUCACAUAGACUGUGUUUUUCGAGGGGAUACAAGAAUAAAAAGUUAAUGUAUCAAACAGUUCCAUUAUGUGUUCAAUUAAUCUGUGCUACAGGCUUUUAAAGGAAGUAUAGUUAGUUUCACCCUAAGAGUUAAAGGGAUUUCCUGUCAUUCUGACCCCUGUUUAUUACAAGAUAACAUGUUCCAGUGAA